ACCCUCCUCUUUCAUCACCAAUCUUUAGACAUGUCUGGAUCCGAUCGUUUGUACAGCAAGGGCCGUGUUUUAGGUUUCGAACGUGCUAAGCGUAACCAAAACCCCAACACCUCUCUCAUUCAAGUUGAAGGUGUCCAAACCACCAAGGAUGCUCAAUUCUACCUCGGUAAGCGUGUUGCCUACGUUUACCGUGCUCAACGUGAAAUCAACGGUUCCAAGAUCCGUGUCAUCUGGGGUCGCAUUGCUCGUACUCACGGUACUAACGGUGUUGUCAAGGCUCGUUUCCGUAAGAACUUGCCCCCUAAGGUCUUUGGUGCUUCUGUCCGUGUUAUGCUCUAUCCUUCCAACAUCUAAGUUUUAUGCCUGGAAGUCAAGGAUAAUUCGAUACAUUCACAAUAAACUCUCUUUUUUUUUUUCAUGACUUGAA